GGCGGCGCGGCCGGCCGCGCCUGCGCCGCGCGGUGCACGCCGGGCGCCGCUUCCCGCCGUGACGCUGCAGAUCCGCCCGGCCCCGGCCCCGGCAGUGCGGCCCCGGCCCCGGCAGCGCGGCGCCGCCGCCAUGGUGGGCGUGAAGGUGAUCGCCAACGACGGCGAGUUCCAGCCCGAGCUCAGCGCCGCCGGCUCCCGCCUGGCCGUGGUCAAGUUCACCAUGCGCGGAUGUGGCCCUUGCUUGAGGAUAGCUCCAGCUUUCAACGCUCUGAGUAACAAAUACCCCCAGGCAACGUUCCUGGAGGUGGAUGUGCACCAAUGCCAGGGAACAGCUGCUACCAACAACAUCUCUGCAACCCCCACGUUCCUGUUCUUCCGGAACAAAGUGAGGAUUGACCAGUAUCAAGGAGCAGACGCUGUUGGGUUAGAAGAGAAGAUUAAACAGCACCUGGAGAACGAUCCCGGGAACAGCGAGGACACGGAUAUUCCCAAAGGAUAUAUGGAUUUGAUGCCGUUCAUCAACAAAGCCGGCUGCGAGUGUCUCAACGAGAGCGACGAGCACGGCUUUGAGAGCUGCUUGCGCAAGGACUCGUCCUACCUGGAGUCGGACUGCGACGAGCAGCUGCUUAUUACUGUAGCUUUUAGUCAACCUGUCAAACUCUACUCUAUGAAACUGCAGGGGCCAGAUAACGGGCAAGGUCCAAAAUACAUCAAAAUCUUCAUCAACCUCCCUCGCUCCAUGGAUUUUGAGGAGGCGGAACGAAGCGAACCCACCCAAGCCCUGGAGCUGACCCCGGAUGACAUCAAGGAAGAUGGGAUUAUCCAGCUUCGCUAUGUCAAGUUUCAGAAUGUCAACAGUGUCACUUUGUUUGUCCAAUCCAAUCAUGGAGAUGAGGAGACAACAAGAAUCACCUACUUCACGUUCAUUGGAACUCCAGUCCAAGCCACAAACAUGAACGACUUCAAACGAGUAGUGGGCAAAAAAGGAGAGAGCCACUAAGCUGCACAAAGCCACUGGAAAGGCCUUACAGCAGUCCAAGAGAUCUUCACUUUCCUCUCCACCUCCUGGAGAACUGCUUGACCAGAACCAGAGACUGUCACUGGGGUUCAGUUACUGCCAUUCCCAAAUAAAUCCUUGCUUUUUUUGUUCAGCUGGAAUUCCUGUAGCGUGUUCCUGGUGUAAUCCUUCCUUCCGUGUACUUGUAAAUAAAAUCCAUGACUUUUGCCAAGGUGAA